AUGCAAAAUUACCGAAGCACCCCUCGCUCCGCAGUCUCCUCCUCGUCCGUCGGAACGGGAGCCGUGGUCGUUCCCCUCCUCGGCUCCUCCCCUUCCCUUCAUCCCCAACCACGUCGCUAGGGUUUCCUCCCAAUCCAAUCCCUCCGCCAUGGCCAAGACGAAGCAGGGUAAGAGGGACGUCGAGACCUACACCAUCAAGGGCACCAACAAGGUCGUCCGAGUGGGGGACUGCGUGCUUAUGCGGCCGUCGGACACGGACAAGCCGCCGUACGUGGCGCGGGUGGAGGCGAUGGAGUCGGACGGCCGCGGGGGCGUGCGGGUGCGGGUGCGGUGGUACUACCGGCCGGAGGAGGCCAAGGGCGGCCGCCGGCCGUUCCACGGCGCAAAGGAGCUCUUCCUCUCCGACCACUUCGACACGCAGAGCGCGCACACCAUCGAGGGGAAGUGUGUCGUUCAUUCCUUCAAGAACUACACCAAGCUCGACAACGUCGGGCUCGAGGACUUCUACUGCCGAUUCGAUUACAAGGCUGCCACCGGCGCAUUCACCCCUGACCGUGUCGCCGUGUAUUGCAAGUGUGAGAUGCCGUACAACCCGGAUGACCUCAUGGUGCAGUGCGAGGGAUGCAAAGACUGGUUCCAUCCUUCCUGUAUGGGAAUGACCAUUGAGCAGGCAAAAAAGAUAGAUCAUUAUAUGUGCUCAGAUUGUGUUAAAGAAAAUGGUGGAAAGAGACCUUCAAAUUCAUACUCAGUUUCACCAAACUCUGAUUCUAAGCUUGAACCAAAAAGGAGGAAGAGGUGACUGCUGUAACAGGAUCCAUCCCUGGUGAGGAACGUACUGUUUAGGGCUUCGGCUCUUCGAUGCUGGUGCAGAUUCAAGAUGUGGAGAUGUACGCUGCAAGAGGAGCCAGGCCAUUUGUAGGACAAUUGUGUGACUUAUCAUUCUGCUGUAUCUUGGGGACUUCUCCUGUAGCUUAGACAUUAGCAUGGGUAGAUUAAUUCUCCGCCGCUGCCCGACAUGAUCAACUGCUUGAGGCGGGGAAACAAGUCAAGAAACGUAGAAUGUUGCUGACUUGCUCGGUGUAACCCUUGUGUGGAGUAUCAGUGUGUGUUAACAUAUUCCCCUGCAGGAAACGUUCCCCAUGUGAACGAUGAACUGAUGAUAUCUUGACUGUUGUUUCAUAAAUUAAUUAGAUGUCUUGAAGAGUU